AUGAAUGACUCGGGUAAGAUCAGGGAAAAGAGUGAUUCACUGACUCAUGAAGAACGAGAGGCUCAGGGAGAAGGAGGGAAGAAGCAGCAACAACUGCAGAAGAAGUUCCUUCAGCAGCAAAAACUGCAGAAGGAGCUCCUUCAGCAGCAACAACUGGAGAAGGAGCUCCUUCAGCAGCACCAAUUGCAGAAGGAGUUCCUUUACCAUACCAACUGCCGAAGGAGUUCCUUCAACAGUAACAACUGCAGAAAGAGUUCCAUCAGAAUACCAACAGGAGGAGUUCCAUCAGCAGUACCAACUGCCGAAGGAAUUCCUUCAGCAUCAUCAACUGCUAAAGAAGUUCCUCUAGAAGCAACAACUGCAGGAGCUCCUUCAGCAGCAACAAUUGUAGGAGCUCCUUCAGCAGAAAAACUGCAGGAGCUCCAUCAACAACUGCAGAGGGAGCUCCUUCAGCAGCAACAAUUCAGCAACAACUGCAGGAGGAGUUCCUUCAGUAGCAACAACUCAACAACUGCAGAAGGAGCUCCUUCAGCAGCAAAAACUGCAGAAGGAGCUCCUUCAGCAACAACAACUGCAGAAGGAGUUCCUUCAGCAGCAAAAACUGCAGAAGGGGUUACAUCAGCAGCAACAACUGCAGAAGGAGCUCCUUUAGCAGCAACAACUACAGAAGGAGUUCCUUUAGCAGCAACAACUACAGAAGGAGUUCCUUUAGCAGCAACAAUUGAGCAACAACUGCAGAAGGAGUUACACCAAUAUCAACAACUGCAGAAGGAGUUCCAUCAGAGAAACAACUGUAGAAGGAGUUCCUUUAGCAGCAACAAUUGUAGGAGCUCCAUCAACAACUGCAGACGGAGCAACAACUGCAGGAGUUCUUUCAGCAGCAACAACUGCAGGAGUUUCUUCAGUAGCAACUACUGCAGAAGGAGUUCCUUCAGCAACAACAAUUGCAGAAGGAGGUCCUUCAGCAGCAAAAACUGCAGAAGGAGUUCCAUGAACAACUGCAGAAGGAGCAACAACUGCAGGAGUUCUUUCAGCAGCAACAACUGCAGGACAACAACAACUGCAAAAGGAGCUCCUUCAGCAGCAAAAACUGCAGAAGGAGCUCCUUCAGCAACAACAACUGCAGAAGGAGCUCCUUCAGCAACAACAACUGCAGAGGGAGCUCUUUCAGCAGCAACAACUGCAGAAGGAGCUCCUUCAGCAGCAGAAGGAGCUCUUUCAGCAGCAACAACUGCAGAAGCAGCUCCUUCACAACAACAACUGCAGAAGGAGCUCCUUCAGCAGCAAAAACUGCAGAAGGUGCUAACUGCAGAAGGAGAUCUUUCAGCAGCAAAAACUGCAGGAACUCCUUCAGUAGCAAAAACUGCAGUAGGAGCUCCUUCAGCAACAACAACUACAGGAUCUCCUUCAGCAGCAAAAACUGCAGAAGGAGUUCCUUCAGCAGCAAAAGCUGCAGAAGGGGUUACAUCAGCAGUAACAACGGCAGGAGUUCCAUCAGCAGUAUCAACAGCAGAAACAGUUCCUUUAGCAGCACCAACUGCAGAAGGAGUUCCUUCAGCAGUACCAUCAGCAAGAGUUCCUUUAGCAGUACCAACAGCAAGAGUUCCAUCAGCAAAGGAGCAACAACUGCAGGAGUUACAUCAGCAGCAACAACUGCAGAAGGAGCAACAACCGCAGGAGUUACAUCAGCAGCAAAAACUGCAGAAGGAGUUCCAUCAGCAGCACCAACAACAGAGGUUCCAUCAGCAGUACCAACAGCAGAAGGAGUUCCAUCAGAAGUACCAACUGCAAAAGGAGUUCCAUGAGCAGUAA